AUUUUUGGUUCAUGACGGAAACCCGAUAUACUGCACACCUCCGAAAAAUAAAGCAGAUUGCGUCUGUGUGACAUACCCACCUAAAUUGUGAAUGGCUACUUUAUCCAAUACACAUACCAUUAAAAAUGGCGUAAAAUGGCGUUUCGUUCAAUCUCCGUCAAGUAGCCAUAUUGGUUCAUGUUUUCGGAAAAUACCAAACGACGAGUAAUUUUUUCGUUUUCUCUGCAUUUUCGUAGGAUUCAUUUUCAGCGGUUGCAGUAAGUGGCAAAAGCAGAUUAAAAUAAAUUUGCCACAAAAAUAAAUGUUGUAAACAUUUUUCAUUCGAAUUUUGACGUUUUGUAACGCGAGGCCGUUAAGAUUUAUCAACUAUCAUAAACCAAUAGAGCACACGAGAAAUAAGUGAAAAAAACAUUUGCAGUUGUAAAUAACUUGGUUCCUCUAUCGAAAUUGCCAACAGAAUGGGGGAAAUCAAAUCCGUAAAAGUAGACAACUGGGGAGUCUUCUUCCUCCAGAAACUGCAAAACUUCUUUAAUAAGACGGACUAUUGUGACCUCACACUACAGUUUCGGGAUAACUCGCAGUUGAAGGUACAUCGUCUAGUAUUGAGCGCUUGUACUGAUUUCUUCAACGUGUUGGAGCAAACUUGCGAAAUGGUGGACGAUGCCCUCAUCAUGCCCAAUGAGCUGCAAGCCGAUGUUGUAGUACCCAUCGUAAACUUCAUGUACACUGGGACAUUGGAAUUCGAAUUAAAAAUGUAUGGCAAGCUGCUACGCACGGCUAAGGAUAUGAACAUGACUGUUCUGUUAAAAUUGCUCGAAGCACAUCGCCGUACAAUGGAGGGUGUAAAUCGCUUACAGCGGCCACCUAGCCCAAAACCAUUACGUCGGCGUGUUCCUGCUGCAACAAGCUUGCCUCAACAGCAACCAACCGUUCAACAACAUCGCGUACAAACAUCACCAAACAGUGUUUCUGGAUUGCAGCGUCCCAUCGUUCAAACAAAAACCAUAAGUACAAGUUCAUCUACUACUAUGAAUUUGCCACAACAAACUCAAUACAGGCAACAGAUAGGAUCAACAUCUCUAAUAAGAACAAUGCGUGCCAGUAAUACCAAUAAUAUGCAAGGUCGUACACAAUACGUCAAUCAGCCUGCACAUGAAAGUCAUGAAACUAUUAUAAAACAAGAGCCAGAAGAAAUAACCCCCCCAUCACCUUUUGAACAGCUUCGCAAAGGUUACAAUAACAACAAGCGUCCAGCCAAUAAUGCUUUGGUAUCACCGCCAGCUAAGAAGCUUAAUAUUGAAGACGUUAAAGAGUUUGCUGAGCAGCAACGUAUGAGAAAACAAAUUGCCGCAGAAUAUGGCGACGAUCAGGGCGAAUACGAGAACAGCAUGAUGGAGGAUGACAUACACAAUGAUGAUGAUGAUGACGAUUUGGCCACCACAUCGGCCACUGCAAGUACCAUAGCAGGUAUGCAAGCAUCCACAUCGCGACAAACACAGCUGCAACCUCUACCUGUGGCACCAAAAAUGUCGCCAAUUCAACCAAAACUACAAACAACAUCACCAACUUCUGCCACAUCUGGGACUGGCACAGCAACAUCAUCAGCACUUCCAGCACAAAAGCGUCGUAUCGAUAGUAAAACAAUGCAUGCUUUAAUUGCAUUAGGAGCAGAAAACACCACUGGCCCUUGGUUGUGUCUCCGCUGUGGGGUCAACGGACGGCCUAUAAGUAUUCCAUCGUAUCGAGGUUUUCGCCGUCACUUGAUAAACACACACAAAGAAUACAUUGAACCGGCACUCUGUGAACAUUGUGGCUGGCGUUCAAGUACUAAACGUGAGCUGCACUUCCACAUGGAGAUAGAACACAAGAUUAAGACCACUUCUUACACUUUCCCAAAGUGUUUGUUAUGCUCUAAUCAGUUUUUGGAUACAAAUGCGCUAAAUCAACAUAUGGUUGACGCCCACCCGGAUGAGAACAAGCAGCAAUGUAUUUACUGUAACAAAAUUUUUGCACGUGAACUACAACUAUAUAACCAUAUGAAGACCUACCACAAGAAACAGGCGCUCGAAGAUGGUAUUAUCGAUUAUUCAGACGAUGAGUUAUUUGAACCGCCGGCAACCACGGAAAUUACAGCAUCAGAGGUGCAAGAAAAUAUAUCAAAGGAGAAAAAGGAGUCAAAGAUAAAAAUAAUAUCUGACAUUAGUCUACCCAGCGCCGGAUCGAUAUUGAAACUUGAGGGCGGCAAUGUAGCUACAGACUCACGUCCACAAAUAGGUAUAUCUGGCGAUCAGCAAGAAUUUAUGGAAACGAACGAAAGCAACAUUAUAACAAGCGAACCCAAAUUUGUUACUGUCGAUGGCAACGAGAUGGUUUUAACUGAUGAACAACGCCAAGAGAUCAUGGCUCAGUUGAAUCAGGAACAUGGAACUGGUGGGGUUGUGAUGGUAUUAAACGAGCCUGCUGAGUACACGGCGGAAGCAACACCAUUGACUUCAAGUCAUGAUGCAUUGGAAUGCUGCAAUGAAAAACAACCAGCUGAACAGGAAGCUGAUCACAGCGCUGAACGCCAGCCUGAAGAUCAAAUAAUGGACGAAGAAACUCGAAAUCCCCCUGCCGAGAGCUCAACAGUGGAUGAAGAUUUUGAUGAUAAUCAGAUAUAUAAUGAACUGCAUACCGCUCAAGGUGGACAAGGCGAUUCAGAUAUAACAGCAGAGAUGGGUACAACGGAAGUUACUGAUGAUAAAAAAAACACUUCGGCAGGAAGUGCAAUGGAUGAAAGCAAGGAAUCGAUUGAAAAUUUGGAGUGGGCCGAAAAUUUGAUCAGCGCCCAUGAGUUGGCCGAUCAAGAGGAAAUGGAAGCGGAUAAGAAAGACAAAGAUAAUAAAGGCGACGAUGCAAUAAACCAAAAGUUAAAAGAAUUGACUGGUGACUGGUCGGAAGACGAUAAUGAUGAGGAUCAACAGGAAGCAGCAAUUUCGCCAAUCGCCGAGGUCGAUGCACCGGAAGACUCCACUAAUACUGUUCAGAAUAUAGUAGAAGGAAAUGAAGAAAAUAUUUUGGAUAACCAGAAGAAAACUGUUGAAGAAGAUGUGGAGAAACCUAAAGAGCUGCCUGAAAAAUCCACUGAACCAGAAGACGCAGAAGCCGGAAGUGACAUUCUAGACCCAGCUGAAGAUAAUAUUAUUCCCCAAGAUGUUGAUCCCGGCUACACAAAUACAAACGCAGAUGAUUCGAAGGGUGAAGAAGAUGAUUUAGACGCUCUUAUGAAAAAUUUGCAUAAAGAUGAUGCUGAUUUAACCGAUAAUAAAGGCCAUGAAGCAGAGAACCAGGCGCAAACAAUGGAUGAUAUGGUCGCAGCUGAUCUCGAUAUUGACAUCAAAAAAGAAAAGGUAACAACUCCCCUAGAGGAGCCAAGCACAAAAGACGCUGAAAGCAUUUCAAAAUCUAAAUCAAGGAAAGUAGAUGAAAGCGAUGUCGGUGACAGCAUUGUUGAAAUCAAACGCGAUGUGCUAGUGGAUGAACUCAUUGGUGAAGAUGAGAACACGACUCAGGAAGAGUUCAUAAAAGAGACAAAACCAGCAGAAAAAGAAAUUUUAGAGGCUCCAUGUGAAGAAUUGUCUACUGGACCAGCGGUGGCCCCAGAACCAACUAAAGCACUUGAAGUCAUUAAAGUAGAAGAAGCUGGGUCCGGAGAAGUGAAAGAACCUGCUGUAACAGAUGCUCUUGAAAACAAAGUGGACGCUGAAAAAGAUGACGGCGCUGUCAGCGGUAAAACAGCGACAGAUGACGUAGCCAAAACGUCCGAGCGUGUGAAAAGUCUUAUUAGCGAAUGGGCUGAAGAUGAUGAAGAAGAGGAACAAGAUACUGCUGUUUCAACUGCUAUAACAGAAGUGGAUGAGGAACAACUUUGAAAUCUAGAUUUAAUUACAAUGUAAGUUUUUAUUCCGAAACCAAGAAGGGAAAAUUUUUCAAUGUAGAAGAGAGAAACCCAAGCAAGCAAAUUGCAUAUCUAGUUUUACUUCCAUUUAUGUACAUUAAGCUGUUACGUUAUUUUACGACUAAAUCAAGCAGGUUCUGUAAUUCACUUCCGAGAGAAUUUCAACCCCUGCUAAUUUGAAUUCAAAGCGAAGUUGAUUGAUAUUCACUCUGAAGUGAAUUGCGGAACUUGCCUGAAUAUGAAUUCAGAUCUGUGCUGAAAUCUUAAAAUAUUUUAUUGCAUUUAGACAUUGCUUGUUUUGUAAGAAAUUGUAAGUGUUGGGCUAGGGAGAUUUAAUCUUCUAUCCUUUCCAGACAUCGCAAAUAACAGUUACCUAGAAAAAAUCGGGAUAUCCAAUAGUCUGUUAUUUUACAGGCGGCCACUUAGAUUUGUUUUUGAGGUGAAAUUAUAUUUCUUGCCUGGUCAAAUUUAAAAAUUAAAUCGCAAUUUGCCGAGCAAAAUGGUUGUUGUUGUUGCUGUUGUUGUUUUUGUAGCUGGUGAUAAGCUUAGUUGUUGUAAAGCUCAAUUAACAGUAGGUCCAUAGAACUUGCUUUAUCGAAGAAACCGGAGUCCACAGGCAGGUUCUGCAAGUCACUUCCGAAUUUGAAUUCAAAGCGGAGUUGAUUGAUAUUCACUCGGAAGUGAACAAACAUAGAUUUUUUAUACCUGUCCUUCAGCAUCAAGUUUUGAAAAUAAAACUGAAAACUUUUCGUACUGUUUUUUUUCGUAAAUAAUUUUAAUAAAAUGAAAGUGAUUCGUUUUUUUUUUGCUAUUUUCUGGGGACCGUUGGGAAUUUUUCUAGACUCUUGGGAGGUUUUUUGUUUUUUUUUUUUUUGUUCGGAAUCUUUGGGCAUUUUUCAACACUUUUCUCGGAACCCUUUCACAUUUUUGUGACUUACCACGUUUUUCUGGAAGCUUUCGGCGUUUCUUCGGCACCAUUCAGGAUUAAUCGGGUCUAAUCAAAUCCAAAAGUACAUUUAUAUUUAGAUUUUGCUUUUUAUGUGUACCUAAAAAUAAAAAGCAAACCUAACGGUUAUUCUAUGUUAGAAAAUUUAUAGGAGACAAAUAUUUGUUUUCUAAAAAUAUUAGGAUUUUCUGAAUACAUUCUGUUCACUUUUAUCAUCCUAAAAGAAACGUAACAACAAAUCUAUAAAAUUCAAAAUUUAUUAAAGUCAGUAUAUAAAAGUUGGUUAA